UGAGUACUCUACUCUCCCCCUCACAUGGUGGUGUUAUAUCGUACUAUAUCGUAAUGUAUUAUAACGCACGACUAAUCUCUAAAAUCUGUGUUCAACUGACCCCGACAAGAUGUACACGACACCCGAUGGCGACCGACUGACCCCCGCGCCCACCGACUGCCCCCGCGCCCACCAGAUCGUGCCCAGCAGACGCUACACCAUGCAGCCCUUCCAGCAGGAGCACCGGUUAGGGAAUCUUCCACAGAGUCGCUUUUACAGCGGCGAGCGAGCCGUGCCCCAGACCCCCGGGGUGGAGGACUGCGGCGCCCCCCACCGGUGGCUGGUGACGCCACAGGGCGGCUGCAGUAAGCUGGAACUGACCGCGUACGAGGGGGACUACUCUGGAGGGCUGCUGCCCACUUACACACUCAAGUCCCUGCAGGGGGCGCACUCCCUGGGCUACUACUCCGACUCGGCCUUCACAUCGGUGGCGGCGGGUUGGGGCUCGAAGGUGGGCUACCAGAAGAAGGUGACCCUGGGCCUUCCCUGGUCCCCUAGGCCCAGUCCCGGCGACUUCCUGGACAGUCAGCUGUCCGAUAAGGAACGGGUCCGGGAGGAGGACCUGAGUCUGGCGCCUGCGUGGGCCGACACGGCGCCGUUCCUGAAGCCGCUGGACGCAGAGUCCGGAGUCUAUUCCGUGGUCUGUAAGCGGAGGCGAAUGUCCAGUGCGGAAAACUCGCCCUCCAUUAAAUGCGAAGAGUCCAGGGUAGCCGAGGCCUUCGGCAAAGAGACAAAGAGCAUGGGCUACUGCGCCUUCUAUAGCACCACCUAAAGAACAUAUAUAUAUAUACAUAUAAUGUAUACACAAACACAUACAAUCACACUCGCUAAACUGUGAAUUAAUAAUAAAAUGCUGAAAUUUUCCAGUGCAAUGUAAGCUGAUUAAAAACAGGACAUGAUUGAACGGGGGUCUGGGGGCGGGUCCUAGGUUCUGAACUGGCCAAUAAAGGAAAAGAAAUGUAAAGUAAAACUUUUUUUGGGGGCUGGGGUGGGGGCGGGG